AAGAGUUGUUUCACCUGCACUCAGUGUGGGAAGAGUUUGGCUAGCAAAAGCAAACUAAAGACUCACAUGAGGAUCCACACUGGAGAGAAACCAUUCACAUUCACUCAGUGUGGGAAGAGUUUUAACAAAUCAUCAAAUCUUAAUCUACACAUGAGGAUCCACACUGGAGAGAAACCAUACACAUGCACUCAGUGUGGGAAGAGUUUUAGCCACUCAUCACACCUUAAUCAACACAUGAUGAUCCACACUGGAGAGAAACCCUUCGCAUGCACUCAGUGUGGGAAGAGUUUCAGCCUAUCGUCAUCGCUUUAUAGACACAUGAAGGUCCACAUUGGGAAGAAACCAUUCACAUGCACUCAGUGUGGGAAGAGUUUCAGCCUAUCGUCAUUGCUUUAUAGACACAUGAAGGUCCACAUUGGAAAGAAACAAUUCACAUGCACUCAGUGUGGGAAGAGUUUCAGCCUAUUAUCAUCACUUUAUAGACACAUGAAGAUCCACACCGGGGAAAAACCUUUCACAUGCACUCAGUGUGGGAAGAGUUUCAGACAAUCAUCAUACCUUAAUAAACAUAUUAGGAUCCACACUGGAAAGAGAUCAUUCACAUGCACUCAGUGUGGGAAGAGUUUCAACAAAUCAUCAAAUCUUAAUCUACACAUGAGGAUCCACACUGGAGAGAAACCAUUCACAUGCACUCAGUGUGGAAAGAGUUUUAGCCACUCAUCACACCUUAAUCAACACAUGAUGAUCCACACUGGAGAGAAACCAUUCACAUGCACUCAGUGUGGGAAGAGUUUCAGCCAAUCAUCAUCCCUUAAUAAACACAUGAGGAUCCACACUGGAGAAAAACCAUUCACAUGCACUCAGUGUGGGAAGAGUUUCAGCCUAUCAUCAUCGCUUUAUAGACACAUGAAGAUCCACACUGGAAAGAAACCAUUCACAUGCACUCAGUGUGGGAAGAGUUUCAGCCAAUUAUCAUCACUUUAUAGACACAUGAAUAUCCACACUGGAGAAAAACCAUUUACAUGCACUAAGUGUGGGAAGAGUUUCAACCAAUCAUCAUACCUUAAUAAACACAUUAGGAUCCACAUGGGAAAGAGAUCAUUCACAUGCACUCAGUGUGGGAAGAGUUUCACCCACUCAUCACACCUUAAAAAACACAUGAAGAUUCACACUGGUGUGAGAGAGUAUAUGUGCCUGGAGUGUAAGAAGACUUUUAUUACAGCUGCAGAAUUGAAACGGCACCAGAGGAUUCACACUAGAGAGAAACCGUACAAG